AUGCUAGAAUAGAUAACAUUUACAUCAAACAAAAAGAGUUAGGAUGUUACUCUAAAAAGUCUCUUAGAUACACCUCUACGUUGCAUUGUUGCCAAAAUUAUUGAAGUACGCAUUAGUAAUCCUCUUAAACUGAUUUUAAGAAGAAAAAGAACAUGUAGGGUCGUUUUAGUAUGCGAUGAAAAUUUGUGCUUAAAAUAAAAUAAUCGAGAUCUUUAAUAAAUUACCAGGAAUUGUUGAUGAGUUAUUUGUUAAAGCCGAUGAUAUUAUUACAAUUCAAAGUGUUCUUUAUACUUUAACCUAUCAAAAUCAAGAUAUACAAAUUCUAGAUAUUCAAUUCGCCAUUCCUAUUAAGAAACAUCCAAAAAUUAGAAUUAAUAUUAUCAACAAGAAACAGUCUGAUGAAUCAAUCCAGAAAGAAUUCAAGCAAAUAAAAUUAACUCAAGAAAAUCAUUUCAAUAUUUAGUCCUAAAAUCAUAAUGUUGAAUUACAAAUAGAAAAUCAUUCUUAAAUUGUAAAUUAUUUUAUAUUUAUAUGA